CCAAUCCAGCUCUUGUGCUUGCCGCUCGUUCUCGAUGCGCUCGAGGUCGGCGCGAGCUUCACUUCACCUGCGCGUCAACGGCUAGCCGGCUGCUCGACCUUGACGGUACGAUGCCUCUCUUUUUCGCUGAAAAACUAAACUAAGCGCGUACGAAAUUGUAGCCCAUCACUGAUAAAGGUCGCUGCGGCGACAGCAUCCCUCCAUUUGUCUCGAUUCUUGAAUGAUGACAUCCGAAACCGUUCGACCAGCGUUUGUCACUUCCAGCUGUAGCAGACGCGUCUGAGUCAUCUGAAGAGCAACUGAGUUAUUUCCUCCGCGAAAGAAACCGCAAACGACUUCAAGGCAUGGCGGCAACGAAGCCCAACAGGCCCCCCACGGACAUGCACAAGUGGAUGUCCACGGGCUCGUUGUUCCUUCCGUACGGCACAGCGGAGGACUACGCACAAGCCGACGACGAUGCAGCUGACGGCAGAGCAUGCAACAUGGUUAACGCCGAUUCGCUGGACUUGGACACAUUCAAAGUAAACGAAGGCCUGUCCAAGUACAAGGAUGCCCUGAAGGUCCUCAUACCUGUCCGUCCUCGAUCCAAAGACAAGCAUGAGAUGCCCACAAACAAGGCAGGUCUGUUCUCGUUCAUCUCGCUCGUCUGGAUGACCAAGUUGAUGUGGAAGGCCUAUCGUCAGGGUAUCCACCAGGAAGACCUGUGGCAAAUGGCUCCCAGUGAGUCGGCUGAGGUCAACGUCAAGAGACUUGAGCGGCUCUGGAAAGAUGAGCAGCUACUGCAAGGAGAUAAGGCUGAGUUUUGGAGAGCAGCUGCCAGGUUCUGCAAGACACGUGCCAUUGUUGCGGGCCUUUUCAUCUGUCUCGGCAUGACUUUUCAGUUUCUUGGUCCCGCUGUGAUGCUGCGUGCGAUUCUCUCGUACCUUGAGGAUGCUCACGCCAGCUUGAGCACAGGCCUGCUGCUUGCCUUCAGCCUUGUGGGGACUCAGCUGAUGCGUUCGGGAUGCCUGAGCAUGUCGUGGGUGAUUGGUGCACACACCGCGAUCAGACUUCAGGGCGCCUUGCAGUUGCUUUUGUACCGAAGAAUGCUCAAGGUUAGGGUUGAAGAAAAACAUUCAGGGCAGGUGAUCAACCAUGUCACAAAUGACAUGGAAAGGAUAUUUGACGCUGCCAUGAAUGGGACAUUGAUGUUGGGGACACCAGUGAUGUUUUUGUUGACUCUAGUCUACAGCUGCUAUCUCAUAGGGCCCUGGGCUUUGAUGGGCAACAUUGUGAUUCUGCUGUUCUACCCAAUCAUGGGUGGAAUCGCAGCUGUAAUUGCCAAGCUGCGCCGACUGACUGUGAAGAAGGCUGACGAGCGAGUGCAGCUGAUGGCAGAGGUGGUGAACAACAUCCGCCUCAUCAAGCUGUAUGCUUGGGAGCAGCCCUUUGCAAGCAAGGUGUUUGAUGUACGAAAUGAGGAGCGCAAAGUGCUGAUGAAGGGCAACUUUUUACAGUCACUGUCGACAACCGUGACACCAGUGAUUCUGAUAAUGGCAACGGUGACAACGUUGCUGGGCUAUGGGGCGACGGGCCACGAACUACUGGCCUCCAAGGCCUUCACUCUGUUUGCGCUUUUCAAUGGCAUGGGCUUCUCCAUCGGAACCUUGCCCUACGCCAUCCGAGCAGUUACAGAGGCCAAAGUAGCUUUGCAGAGAAUCCAGGAGCUCCUGGAAUUAGACGAUGCCAAAGUGUGGGUGAGAAAGAUCGAGGAGAAGGACAAGCGAUUCGCUGUGACAGUUUCGGAUGCCUCAUUCACAUGGAACAGCGUGCAGUCCAACGUCAAGAGUGUUGACAUUGUCAAGGACAGGUUUAAAGGUGUGCCAAAUGCCAAGCGGGCGAGGCACAGGGGUCCACAAGAGGCGUGCAACGGGGAUGCGAACGAGCGGACGCCGAUGACGGAGGUGAUCGCUGAACCCGAGGAAGCGCUGAAAGAUGUGACCUUGCACAUCAAGAAGGGGUCACUGAUUGGAAUUUGUGGCCGUGUAGGUGGUGGCAAGACUUCACUACUGAAUGCCUUGUGUGGUGAGAUGAACUUGCUGAAGGGAGAAAUGGACGUCAAUGGAAGCAUUGCGAUUGUGACCCAGCAAGCCUGGAUUUUCAAUGCUACUAUUAGAGACAACAUUCUCUUUGGGCUGCCAUACCUGAAGUCAAGGUAUGACGCAGUCCUUGAGGCUUGCUGCCUUUUGCCUGACUUGGCAAUGUUUAGUUGUGGGGAUCUCACAGAGAUCGGUGAGAAAGGGGCGACUCUGAGCGGGGGCCAGCGGCAGCGUAUCAACCUCGCACGGGCGCUGUACAGCGACCGGGACAUCUUCCUGCUGGACGACCCGCUGUCGGCUGUGGACUCACGUGUGGCCCGCCACCUACUGGAGCGCUGCAUCCUGGGAGCACUGCGCGGCAAGACUGUCUUCCUCGUGACCCACUCGAUGGCCGCCCUGGAGCAGUGCCAGCAGAUCCUGUAUUUGCGCGGCGGCCGCAUCAUCGAGCGUGGCACACAUGCUGCCCUCGUCUCGUUUCCCGGCGAGUACCGCAAGAUGUUCCACAUGGACGGAGCCGCUGCCAAGCUCCCCGUUGAGACCGGAGCAGGAGGUUGGUCUCCCGGCGAUAUGCCAACGGUGGAUUCAGUCGACUCAAAGGAAGGACUGGCUAGUGACAAGGAUACAGUGGACGGCAGCAUGGAAGGCAGCAGCCGUCUGGUGAAGGACGAAGAGAAGGCGGUCGGGGGCCUGUCGAAGCGUGCCGUCUGGCUCUACGUUAGGGCUGCGGGCGGCCCCUGCGUGGUGGCCCUGCUGGCCCUGGCCUUCCUGGUCUUCGUAUGUGCGCAAAUGUUCGCCAACGUGUGGCUGCAGCGCUGGGUCGACUCGAUGCAGACCCGAAAAUCUGCCUUUGCCAACGAAACGUCCAUGCAGUCACCACUCACAGGUGCGUUGACUGUUCGCAACCAGUCGUUUCACAAAAACUCUACGGAUGUACACAGCCGCUCGGACAGCUUCUACUACAUUGCCUACGGUGUUGCUGUGCCCGUGAUGCUGUUGUGUGGCAUUGUAAAAGGAAUUGCAUGCACAGUGAUUAUGCUGCGUGCCUCCAGCAAGCUUCACAACCAGAUGCUCUGCGGUAUACUGCGAUGCCCAACAAGCUUCUUUGAUGUGACUCCGUCUGGUCGCAUCACUAACCGGUUUUCCAAAGACAUGGAUGAGAUGGACAUCCGGGUGCCAUUCUUCCUGGAGAUGGUGGUGCAGAGCCUGCUUUCAAUUGUGCUGCAGCUGAUCAUCUCGGUGUACGUGUACCAGGUGUUCUGCAUUGUGCUGGGUGCCGCCGUGGUGGUGUACCUGCUGCUGGAUCGCUGGCUCAACGUGGGCGUGCGCGAAGUCAAGAAGCUGGACAAUGUGGCCCGCUCGGCAGUGAUCGUGCACCUCUCCACCACCUUGCAGGGAGUCGCGGUCAUCCGAGUCUUUGGCUGCCACAAGUGGUUCACCAACAAAAUGUACGAGUUGGUGAACAAGCAAUCUGUAGCGCACGUGGUGUUCCACCUGGCCUCUCGGUGGUUCACGAUGCGCAUGGAAUUUGUGGGCAUCUGCAUGGUCGCGGCUGCGGCCUUCAUUGUGGUCAUCAUGCGGCAGAGUGUCAGCACUGGGCUUGCAGGCCUCAUGCUUGCCUCUGUCUUUUCUGUAUGCACUUUUAUACCUUUCAUUAUGAGGCUGAAGUCAGAACUGUCAGCCAGGCUUACUUCAAUGGAAAGAAUUCAUGAGUACUGCCAGGAUCUGAGUGAGGAGGCACCCCAGCACGUGCAGAGCUGUGGAGAGAUCAAAGGCUGGCCGAGCGAAGGGGACCUGCGCUUCGAGCAGGUGUGCCUGCGCUACCGCGACGGACUACCCCUGGUGCUGCACAGCAUCAGCUUCCACGCACGUGGCGGUCACAAAGUGGGCGUCGUCGGCCGCACUGGCGCAGGCAAAUCGUCCAUUUUGGUGGCGCUGAUGCGAAUGAAAGAGCUGGAGUCUGGAUGCAUUUUGCUGGAUGGCAUCGACAUCAGUACUCUGGGGCUCCACGAGCUGCGUUCUGCGAUAGCUGUGAUUCCGCAGGAACCUGUGCUCUUUCAGGGCACUGUCAGAUACAACCUGGAUCCUGCAAACAGGAAAACGGACGAAGAGCUCUGGGAUGCCCUGGAAAGAGCACAUUUAAAGGCAAAGAUUGAAAAAGAAGACAAGCAACUUGAAUGCGUUGUGGAGAAAAAUGGCGACAACUUUUCCGUUGGCGAACGACAGCUCCUGUGCCUGGCCAGAGCGAUGUUGCGCCACAACAAGAUUUUAGUCUUGGACGAAGCCACAGCAUCGGUGGAUGCUGAGACAGACCGGUUGAUCCAACAAACGGUGCAGGAUACCUUUGCAGACUGCACCGUUUUGACCAUAGCGCACAGGCUGCACUCUGUUCUUAGCUGUGAUAUGGUUAUUGUGCUGGACGCAGGACAGGUUGUUGAAAUGGGCAGCCCUUUCACCCUUUCGAACGACACCAGCUCAAUAUUUUCAGCAAUGUUGAGAGCAUCUGGCAUCCAGGCACCGUCGAGUGAAGUGCGUCGCUGACUGUGUGCAGCUUAGCUGAAGCCUACCGCUGGUGGACACAUGGGUUCCUAUGUGUGUAUGGGACCUCGUCAUCAUUGCACGGGUGUUCCCAUUGUAGGAUCUAAUUUUUUUGCAUUUUUUUCUUUAUUUACUUUUUUUUUGUCCCUACUCGCGAUAUACAUCUGAUUUUUUUGCACUUGCAAACUAUUACGAAUCUCCUUCAUUAGCUGUGUGUUAGCGUCCAUAAAUCCACAUUGGCAUACCUUUUCCAUCGGUGAAAAUUUCUGCCUUUGUGCCAUGGAAUCUUUCAUGAAGAUUGAAUUGCCUUUCCUCAGGGUAAACACAGUUUACUUCAUCUAGGUGCCGAAUCAGAGUUUCUGGGAGAGUUGUUGGUGUGUUUCAUAAAUGCAGCAUUUUCAGGCUGUACUGGCACCCUGAUGCUGCUGCUUUAAUGUAUUGUGUGUGUGACUGGGCAAAUCCCUUGCAAAAGUAGAAAGUAGAAAUUAUUUUGAGUUUUUGUUGCCUUCAAUAGGACUUUCCGUUGAGAUGCUAUUGAAUGCACAGCAUGAUUUUUGCAAGGGAUAGCUUGGACCUAGUGAGCCUAAGCUGGGAAAAUGUAAUCAUUAUAUUCAAAUUCUUUUCCUUUUCAUCACUAGGGGUGUGUGAAUAUUGAAUAUCACUGAAUCAAAUAGCUAACGUUCCAAAAAACCCUUUCAGACGCUAACUGAUUCUGUUGAUUUAAAACUUACUUCAACCGAAUUUCCUACAUUUUAAGAAUCAUAAAAAGUGUACAGCUGCAAAAUAGAUUAACAAUUUUCAAUCCUUUAGUGUGUUUUGUCAUGUUUAGAGAAUGCGGACUCCAUGUGAAAACUCAUACAGGAACAUUAAAUAUAAGAACAAUAACUAUUUCAUGUGUAGCAAGCUUGAAAAAUACCUAUCCAGUCACUUGAAAAUUGUGCCUGGUGCAACGAAUUGUGAAAAACAAUGAAAGAAGUGAACCCGCUGCAUACGAUGACAUACUCACACCGAAUAAAAAUAUGCAACCAUCUACAUUCCCACACGUUUUACUAAAGCAUUUUGCACAUGUUAUUCAAACUUGUAGCACAAUUCCAAUCGGAAGUGUUUUAAGAUAUAUGUGACACGUUUUAAAUGUCAUUACUUUUAUCAGUGCCUUUGCUGUUGAUGCACAGCCUUGGCGUACACAACGUGGCGCGCUGUCACAUGUCGCGUGCCCCACGGAGGCCCUCGUGCUUGAUGCCGCCCAAGCGAGCGUUUUGCUUUGUUUUCGCCGCAAAAGGAGUGAGUGUCGAGCAUGCUGCGUUCGGGGACUUGGUCACUGCGAGAGCUCCCCGACGUCGGCCUGAUGCGAGAAUGGCACGCCCAGUGCCCAAAGGGCUCAAUUCGCAGAACGGCACCGCGUUGGCCAGGAUCGCCUCUGUCGGUGCAAGGUUCAUCCGGGUUGACAGGGCCGAUCGAAAUGAACACGCGAUACAUACAGAGGAAACGGCAACAUAAGCAGCGCAUAUUUUGUGAGGCAUGCAGAUCGUGUGGGAUAUGCGGCGACAAAUUUCACACCACUUCAACAGCCGUCAAUCUAACCCGCACGCGUGACCUUGGGACCGAUCGAACUUGUCGGGCGAACUUUCUGUGUUUGUACAAUUUUUGGCAAGUGGCAAAUCACGCCGAACCUGACAACGAAAUGGAGGGGACGGCGCCUGCUCUUAUUGUCGGCGCCGGCAACGCGAGUCACAUGAUGCGCGGUCCUUUCGUCUGUCGCACUGAUGGCCGUGCAAUAACCCACCUGCCGUAAAAUUGGGAUAGCCCUUCUGCAUUUUGGAGAAAAACUGGAGAGCAAAACUUUCUAUGCAAUAAAUAAGAUUGCCGCAGAACACAGGACUACAGUGGAAUCUCGUUGAUAUGAUCUUCACGAGAGCUGGAAAAUAAAGUGCAUCAUCUGGAAAUCGUAUUAUCCAACCAGAUUGUAUUAUCGGCAAAAGAAAAAGAAACGCAUUACCUCGAAAAACAUAUUAUGCAGAAUUGUAUGAAUGAGAUUCCACUGUACUAUGAAACUGAGAACCUCAUUGAUAUUCAGUUAAGAGUGUCACCAAUUCGUUUGUUUCUGAGGAAAAAAGCAUUUGAUUCUAUACGAUGGAAAUUUUAUUGAUAGACCUUCAUAUACUAUAACUGACCUGUACUAGCACACUAAUUCGGUGUUCCCUUUUACAAGAGUAGACUGUGUGUCUUUAUUACUGUGUACCUUUGUUACUUAUACCUUAGCAUGAGCAUCACUGUAUUUUCUUGCCCAAAAUUUGUAAGCAUUAAAUUUUGAGAAAAAUUUCCUGAUAUUCAAUAUUCAUAUCAAUAUUCGGCUGCACUUUCUUUUCUUGAUUCGAUUCAAAAUCUACUACUAUUCAGUUUUUGCACACCCCUACUUUUCAUACUUCAUGAGUGGUCAGAGUGGUGCUCCACAUAUGUUAUCACCAGUAUUAUCACCUGCAUUAUCGCCACUCUUAAGUGGUGGAUAUGAGAGGAAUAGGAUUGAGUGAAAGGAAUCUGUACAUUGUACCAGCCCUGGUGUUAGUGUAUGGUGUAGAUGCAUGCAUCGAGACUUACUUGCCAGCCAUACAGAGCCAUACAGGCAUGGAGUCCACAUUCUCUACAAUCUGGCGUCGCGCCGUGUGGUGAUCUUAAGCGGUCACUCAGCACUUGUUUUAGCUACGGUCGUGCUCACCGUGUGUUCUUGAAUGCAAUUGUUUGCACAGUGCACAACUGCCGAUGACACCUCAAUGCCUUCUUGUCUCGACAAAGCCAGUCUGCUGCUUGUAUUUUGCCUUAUUCCUUUUGCGAGGCCACUGACACUUAGUACUGCUGAUUGUGCCCUGCAAGAUUGUGCCUUAUUAGGUCAUUUUGCCUGGCCACACAAACUAAAGGUCAUUUUAAUGUGUCACACUGCACCGGGCGGCCAGGAAAUGCAAAGAUUUUAAACACACAACGAGCCUUGUACGUGUGUGCCUUCAUGACUUAUAGACCGGUGUUUUUUAACCAGCGUAAACUUUGCAUAUAUACCAUUUCUUGAUGGGUCAUGCAAAGAAAGUGAUUCGUUUAUCUCAUUCCUCAUUUUGUUCAAUGUUUACACAACUGGUAUGCAUUUUUAGUAGCCGGUAUUUUUAUUGCUUAAGUGGAGCUUCAUUUGUCUGAAAAGUUCAUAUGUAGACCGGUGAACAUUUGAUUAUACUUUUCUGUCAGUAUUAAUCUACCUUUUAUCAUGAAAGCAUUUCAUCGUGCUGUCAAAAGAAACUGCAGCAGGCAAAGCUGUGUUUAUUCCCUCAUUUUGUGAUAACAUUACCAGUGAAAUUUAUUUUUAGUGCCACACAUUCUAUUUAUUCAGCUUACAUAUCAUUCUAUACAAAAGUUCCUUGUGUACUGUUUCAUGUUGAAACUAUGUUGAUGUUUCUAGGUGCCUCUGAGAAUAAUAAAGGCUCGUUAGACUUCAAGA